CUGCCUGCCUGGCGCGUCGGGCUGCGCUCCCUCGGCGGCUCCGCCUCGUCUUCCGCCGGCCGGGCUGGGCCUCUGAGCCCGAGCUCCGCGGCCCCCUCCGGCGGGCGGGAUCGGAGCCCAGCCCCGGCGCGGCCGCGACAUGUCCGGCAAGAUCGAGAAAGCAGACUCCCAGCGCUCCCAUCUAUCCUCACUCACCAUGAAGUUUAUGGACAAGUUCCAUUCACCCAAAAUAAAACGAACACCCUCCAAGAAAGGGAAACAGCCGGACAUCGUGGAGAAGACGCCUGAAAAGGCAGGAAAUAAGAAUCUAAUUUGGCUGGAGGAGAAAGAGAAGGACGUCGUAAGUGCCCUGCGCUAUUUCAAGACUAUUGUGGACAAAAUGGCAAUUGACAAGAAGGUGCUGGAGAUGCUGCCAGGAUCGGCGACGAAAGUGCUGGAGGCAGUCGUGCCCCUGGUCCAGACAGACCCACGAAUUCAACAGAGCUCUGCCAUCUCCUCCUGCUACAGCCGGGUGUACCAGAGUUUGGCCAAUCUGGUUCGUUGGUCUGAUCAAGUGAUGCUGGAAGGCGUGAACUCCGAAGACAAAGAAGUGGUAAACACAGUGAAAGGGGUCAUCAAGGCUGUUCUAGAUGGCGUCAAGGAACUGGUCAAGCUCACAAUUGAGAAGCAGGAGCACCCCUCCCCCACAAGUCCAGUCAAGCCCAUUUUGCCUGCAUGUAAAUCUGACAGCCCUUCUGAGCUUCCCCUGACGGAUCGUGAGAUGGAGAUUCUCAACAAGACGACAGGGAUGACUCAGACAGCAGAGGGUUUGCCGGAUUCCACGGACGAAGAGGUCGCCCCUCCCAAGCCCCCCCUUCCUUGCAUUCGGGUAGCUGAAAACAGUCCUCCUCCAGCGCUGCCACCCAAAAAACGUCAGUCAGCUCCAUCUCCUACAAGAGUGGCUGUUGUAGCACCCAUGAGCCGGACCACAAGUGGCUCCAGUUUACCUAUUGGAAUCAACAGACAGGACUUUGAUGCCGACUGCUAUGCUCAGCGGAGGCUGUCGGGCGGCAGCCAGUCUUACGGAGGGGAUUCUCCCCGCCUUUCGCCAUACAACAGCAUGGGCAAGCUCAGCAAGUCCGACGAGCAGCUCUCCUCGCUGGAUUGUGACAGUGGGCAAUGCUCCCGCAACACAAGCUGUGAAACAUUAGAUCACUAUGAUCCGGACUACGAGUUCCUGCAGCAGGAUCUCUCCAACACCGACCAGAUACCUCAGCAGGCACCCGGCGUCCUCAGCCCUUUGCCGGAGUCCCUGGUGGAGUCUGGCUCCCCAUUUCACGGAUGCACUUUCCAGGUGCCGGAGCACUGCAGCCCCUCAGCAGCAAUGCAGGCCGCAGAUAUCCCUCCGGCUCUGCCAGAGAAGAAGAGGAGGGGCACACCUGCCCACGCUUUCGACACCUCUGGUUGUAGGAUCUUAUUUGAGAGGCAUCCCUCGCAAUAUGAUAACCUCUCCGAGGAUGAGAUGCACAACCCAGCCUUGAUGCCAACGAUGCACUUUGUGCUGCCCUUCCAGCCGGGAAACUCGCCAGCUCCAGUAGAAUUCCUUGCUGACUUCGCUGCUCCAGAAUCUGCAGGAGACUCUGAGAAACCACCGCCUCUGCCUGAGAAGAAAAACAAACACAUGAUGGCCUACAUGCAGUUUGUAGAAGACUACUCUGAGCCGCAGCCUUCCAUGUUCUACCAGACGCCCCAGAACGAACACAUCUACCAGCAGAAGAACAAGCACCUGAUGGAAGUGUACGGCUUCAACGACUCCUUCAGCAGCGCAGACUCUGGCCAGGAUCUGGCCCCGCCCCCAGCUCUUCCCCCCAAACAGCGGCAGCUGCAGGCCUCUUUUGCCACCUCCUCCUUCUCUUCUGUCUCCUUCUGUGUCCAGCCACCUCAAGUGCCCUUCACCCCUGAAGACCUCGGCACCGCUCAGGGCCUCAGUAUGUCCGUCUCUAACUCCUUUCUCCACCAGCACACCUCCUUCCCUGUGCACUCGUACAAAUCGGUAUUCAGGUCUUACUCCCAAGACUUUGCGCCUCGCAACCAAGUUUCCGUUCCUCCUUUUCUCUCAUCUACCUCCGCCACCUCCUCCCCGCCUCUGCCUUUCCCGCCUGUGCACCAGUCUCCGAACUCUGACCUGGCGGCCAUGCCAGCCGCAGGCGCUCAGGCGCUCAGCACUGUGGACGGGGCCACCUCCUCUUCUCAGGAGAGCAGCUUUAACGGGACUGCUUCUGUCUGCCUUCCUUCUGAAACCUCUUUCACUGAUUCUCUCCAGACAUCUUCGAGUGAAAACGCCGGUGAGGAGGCUGGGGAGGGUGAAUACGUCAAUCUGUAUUCCUCCAGCCAAAGCAACGGGGAACUCCCUCACUCUGAAGGAGAAUCUCCAGUGGUCAGAGAUGGUCACCCCAAGGACUCGGCCUCCCUCAGCAAUGCCCUGGGGAAGGAAAACCAAGAUGAAAGCAAAAGGCAGCAAAAGUCACCAGAAUCUUCGGAGUCUUCCCAGCUAGAAGAGGAGGUGGACGAGCUGUCGCUGGUUGACCACAAUGAAAUCAUGUCCAGGCUGACGCUGAAGCAGGAGGGUGACGAUGGGCCAGACGUGCGUGGCGGAUCCGGGGAUAUUCUGUUGGUCCACGCAACGGAGACUGACAGAAAAGAUUUGGUGCUGUAUUGUGAAGCCUUUUUGACAACUUACCGAACUUUCAUCUCCCCCGAAGAACUCAUCAAAAAGCUGCAGUACAGAUAUGAGAAGUUCUGUCACUGUCCGGACACAUUUAAGAAGAGGGUCAGCAAGAACACGUUCUUUGUCCUGGUCAGAGUGGUGGAUGAACUGUGUUUGGUGGAGUUGACAGAGGAGAUCCUGAAGCUGCUCAUGGACCUAGUCUUCCGUUUGGUCUGCAACGGGGAGCUCAGCCUUGCCCGAGUCUUACGGAACAACAUCCUCGACAAAGUGGAUCAGAAAAAAAUUCUGCGAUACACCAACUCAAUCAAGCCCCUCUCGGCUCGGGGGGUGGCAGCCAGACCCGGGACCCUCCAUGAUUUCCAUAGCCACGAGAUAGCUGAGCAGCUGACCCUCCUGGAUGCAGAGCUGUUUUAUAAGAUAGAGAUCCCAGAAGUCUUACUAUGGGCAAAAGAGCAGAAUGAAGAAAAGAGCCCCAACUUGACCCAGUUCACUGAACAUUUUAAUAACAUGUCAUACUGGGUCCGUUCAAUCAUCAUGCUGCAGGAGAAGGCACAAGACCGAGAGAGGCUGCUCCUGAAGUUUAUAAAGAUCAUGAAGCACUUACGGAAGCUCAACAACUUCAACUCCUACUUGGCUAUUCUCUCUGCUCUGGAUUCGGCACCCAUCCGCCGACUUGAGUGGCAGAAACAAACCUCAGAGGGCCUGGCUGAAUACUGCACACUGAUUGACAGCUCUUCCUCCUUCCGGGCAUAUCGAGCGGCUCUUGGGGAGGUGGAACCACCUUGCAUACCCUACUUAGGCCUCAUUCUUCAGGACUUGACCUUCGUCCAUCUGGGGAACCCAGAUUACAUCGAUGGCAAAGUGAAUUUUUCCAAGCGUUGGCAACAGUUCAACAUCCUGGAUAGCAUGAGGCGCUUCCAGCAAGUGCAUUAUGACAUCAAGCGGAAUGACGACAUCAUCUCGUUCUUCAACGACUUCAGCGACCAUCUGGCCGAGGAGGCCUUGUGGGAACUCUCACUCAAAAUCAAACCUCGGAACAUAACAAGGCGAAAGACAGACAGGGAAGAGAAAACCUAGGAGAGGCUGUCAGAGGCGUUGGGCAUAAAGGAUCGCUGGGCGCAUGCGUGGACGGCAGCUGUAAGACACGGACCUGACACUGGGCCACGCCCUCCUCCCCUCCCAGGCCAGCCCCUGUGGUUGGAGUGUCUUGGCAGGGAGGCUGUGAUCGUUGGUGUGUGCCAUCCUUCCCAUCAGGCCAUGGGAGAGAGCCACCAAGUUCUUCCGCCCGGCUUCUGGCACUGCCCCGUGCUCAGUGCCGUAGAUCAGUUUUUAGCGUGGAAAGAGAGUGCAGUGGAAAGGGGGGAUCCGUGCCAGCAUGUUCCCACUUUGCCAAAUUUGAAGACUGACUUGCGCUCUGUGUGCCAGAGAGAGGGAGAUCCUUUGCAUCUGUUUCCACAUGCUAAGGGAUGAGGAGGGGGAAGUCAUGCAAAGGGAUGUUGCGCUGUGCCACUUGCUGCUUGUGAAUCUGCGCGGUGGAUGAAAAUGGUGGCGAUCGAAGACGUUUCCCUGCUGGGUCCCCGAGGAGCACCGUCUCAAACGGCAUUUGCACACCAAGAGUCCUGGCGAAACGGAGCCUAGAAGGCACUGCGUCCCCGCCCCACAGAGCGUAUGUGUUUACAGGGAUAUUUAAUCAAAUGCCCCCAACUGCCAAGACAGAAAAGAAAUGAGCAGAGCUGGGCAGCUUUGCUCUCCCCCUCCCCAGAUCCAACCAACAUUUCAAUCUAUGCUCUUGGCUGGGAAGAGUGGAAAUGCCAAGAUUCUGCGGUUCCCUCUGCUCCUUGCAGUGUGUGGGGAACGUAUAUUUUAAUGAUGGUACUAUCUGUAACAGUAAAUAUGUAGUAUAUGAGACUGACUGUAAAUAGGAAUCGCUAGAUGCCAUUGGUUUCGUUUAUUUUGAUGCAUGUCUGAAUUGCCGCUGGGUUUUUAAGAGGCAACUUGAGGGAGGGGGGAGCAAAGUGUAUAAAAAUGAAGCAGGGGGGGACCACCACUGUGUGAAAAUAUCGACCACAGUGUUGGGAUAAGGGAGGUUUCUGUGGCAGAAGCAGUAGGGAGUCAAGUGAGGGAGCGGAAAACAUAAAACCCACAGCAAGGAACUCUAGGCAGGGACGAAAUGAUUUUUUUUUUUUGUCUCAGAUGUUAAAAAAUUCCAAAGGCCCCCUGUCCCACUCUUUGUCUAAUUAACAUGCAGCCCAAUUCACCAGAAAGGACAAAAAAAAAACCCCAUGUAAUUAACCUGUGGGACUCUGCCAUAGGGUGGCAGCGAUGGCCACUAGUGGAGACGGGUCCCUCCGUGGCUAAAUGGAAUCUUUGUGUUUGGAACAGUGUACCUUUGAACACCAGUUGCUGGGGGGAAGACAGUAGGAAGCGGCUUCCCCCCCCCCCCCACAGCCUUGCAUGUGAGCCUUCUAGGGGUAUUUGUUUGGCUCUUGUGGGAAAGCAGGUGCUGAGCUAAAUUGUGCCUUGAAAUGAGCAGGAAGUGCCCAAGAGCACGGCAGAGCCUCUUGCUCAGGAGGUCAGAUCUGCCCCUCCCUCUGCUGCAUUUAGUGGCACAGAAUUUGUGUAGACAGCCCUCUCUCAAAACGGGCCUCAUAAGGUGUGGCAUCCGUAGCAGGGAGGAAGAAGGAGGCCGGCUGGCCUGCCUGCCUGCCUGCCUGCUUGCCCCUCAUCUGUGUUGCCAAACUCUGUGCAAAGCAAAGCAUGCAGGAAAUAAACGUUGCUGCUGCUUCUCAGCUCUGUUGCUGGCUGGUAUUGGAAAUCCUCCUGGUUUUGAAACAAGCCUUUUAAAGCACGAUGGGGGGAGGCCUGACUUGAGCUGCAGCAGGUAUAGAAGUGGGCAGAGAAUCAGUCCACGUACCACCACGAAGCUCCGACCAAAAGAUCCCAGCCCUUCCUCACCGAGGAAGCUGCUUAACGAAGGGAUCAGGUGGUACCACCUAACCCUAUAAAAAUCUGCCGGUCUGGCUGGCCUGAGUAACUAACAGGCUUUCUCUUUCUCCCUACAGACCUCAUUUGCUCUGUCCCAUAAAAUGCAAGUUAGGUUACAUGAGGUGGAGGUGUGACCACAGCUCGGUAGCAAAGCAUCCACUCAGCCUGCAGAAGGUCCCAGGCACAAUGCACUGCGUCCCCCCCCAAGCAAGAUCUCCAGCUGAGACCCCCCCCCCCAGAGCGGUGCUGCCAGUGAGAGGAGGCCAGGCUGGCCUUGACAGGCCCGGGUCUGACUCGGUCGAAGGCGUCACUGUGCGUGAGCCUGGGAGCAGCUGCUGGCAAACGGCCUGCACUUGGCUGGCUGGUUCUCACCUCCCACCCCUUUUCAGGGACUGGUAAGGAAACAUUAGAAAAGGACAAUUGGGGAUGUGUUGCUGACAUAAACGCCAAGUAUUUUCUAACAGCUUCUGUGUUUUAAGCAUGAUUUUUUUUUUCUCCAGAGCAUAAAAGCCAAAAUUUACUGCAGUAUUUAAGUAAAUGCUUUUUAAGCCUUCUGGUCCCGUUUCUCAAAAGUGUGUGUGAGGAAGGGGGAAAGAAAGAGAGAGAGACUGGGUGGGGAGACUUUGGCAGCAGCCUUAGGCUUGGGUCCCGAUUGGCUUUGUUGGCUGUUGAAGUGUUUCCCACCCUGUAAUAAUAAUAAUAAUAAUAACAACAUUCGAUUUAUAUACCGCCCUUCAGGAUGACUUAACACCCGCUCAGAGCGGUUUACAAAGUAUGUUAUUAUUAUCCCCACAACAACAAUCACCCUGUGAAGAGAGUGGCGCUGAGAGAGAGAGCUCUGAGAGAGCUGUGACUGACCCAAGGUCACCCUGCUGGCUUCAAGCGGAGGAGUGCAGAAUCAAACCUGGCUCUCCAGAUUAGAGUUCUGCUGCUCUUCACCACUACACCAAACUGCCCAAAAACCAAUGGAUAGGACAGAGAAUGAUACCCGUUGGAGAAGGGAGUAAGGGGUGAACCAGCCUGUCCUCUUUGGAAGGGCUGAGAACCAUCCAAGAAUUCCUUAAGCAUUGCCUGUGUAUACUGCCCUUCCUCUCCAAGGUGCUCAGAGUGGUGUAGGUGUGCUGUGUGUUAUCUCUAAAAGCAACCCUGCAAGGUAUGUUAUGCUAAGAGACAGCGGGUAGCUCAAGACCACCCAGUGAAUUUCUUGGGUAAGCAGGAAGACCCAUGCGCUUUCCCUCCUUUAUUGCCCCUUGAGGAGGAAAGGGGGGUGAGCAUUGGUAGGUGCUGAGAGCCAGUUCAGUCCCUGGGCUGCGCGUUGCUGACCCAUAGGGAAAACGUUGGUCUUGAGAUCAAAUGGGAGAUCACUUACAGACACUCCCCUUGUGUUUUAAGCCAAGGAUCUCUGGAAUUUGUGAACUGCACAUGUUUGAAAGUUAAGGAGACCUGCCGUUGGCAAUUGACAAGCCUUUUUGCUUCUUGAUAUACCUCCCAAGUGUUGGGAGAUGACAUUUCAUGAGCUCUUGGGCUCAGUCCUCCAUUCUGUGAAAUGGGAACUAGAGAAAAUGACUUUGCAGAGUAGGAACGAGAAUGAAUGUGAGAAAAGAAAGAUUUGGCAAUUGCCUGUACCUUAAAAUAAUGGUCCUUGCAUUUCAACUGGAUUUGUAGGAUUCUGGCCUUUGGCAUGAACGGACAUUGCUGUCCCUGAGCAGGUUCUUUAAUGAUAUAAGUAAAUCCUCAAUGUGAACUAAAAACCUUCAGGAUGAUUUUAGAGUAGAGAUUGGUCAUUAGAGGUCUUAUCCGUUCUAGACUCUGAUCUCAGGAACUGUUUCUCAUCCACCUUUUUAUGCACACCAGCUACUUUUUUCUGAACUGGAAUAUCGACAAAGGGCUCUUUUAAGCAGAGGCCCUGGCAGAUUUCUCUUUCAUUAGUGAGACAAGAUGAAUGCAAAUGGAAUGGGGGGUUGAGGUUUGUUAGGGGAGAACUCUUCUUGAACAAUACCGGAGAAGAGGUUCAAUGAGCCCUUUGCCCAAAUUUUGCACUACCCAGGACAGAGCAGGUGCCCCUAGCGCUGCAGCUCCCACUCGGUUCAGCGUUAGGUCCUCGUCAGAGGCUGACCGCUUACCAGAACUAGACAAAGAAACAAACAGUGCACACAAAAGUUGAAUUUGCUGUGAAAAUUCACCACUUCUAAUUUGUCUUACUUUUAGGUUUGGGGGGCUUUCUUGUUUUUGAAUGGGUUGCUGUUGUGGUGAUUCCCUUAGAAUGUGUGAAGUUCAGUUCAGCUGGAGUUUGGAUGAAGAGGAAAAUCAAAGGUGGGGGUGAGGCAGGGAGGGGAAGAAACGUUCGAUUUGGGGAUCUGUACAGCUGAUCAUUUGAGACAAGUUUAACGGUGUGUUUUACCUUUUCAAGUUGCCCUGGACUGACUUUUGUGCUUUUGCCAUUCAGAUGCUUCCAAUCUUGCAUUGUGUAUUUAUAACAAACCCAGUCCUGAUAGUGGCACCUACUUGCAGAAACAUUUCAAAACCUGUUACUUUUUAUAUUAAUGAAAAAAAUGGUAAUAAAUGUGCUUAAAGAA